AUGUCAGUCUUAAUUAGUAUAAUUCUCAUAUCAAUAAUAUUAUCGAAUUUUAAUGUUGAAGCAUCACGUACAAGAAGCAAGAUUGAAAAAGAAAAAUAUCUUCGUCAACUUAUACGUCAAUUACAAUGGAAUGAAUAUAAACGUUCAUAUUAUUAUUAUCAUACCAGAACCGAAGCAGAAGGUGAUUGCACAGCAGAUAUUAUAGGAGACUUAAGAUGGUAUGGAGAACAAACAAUAGCCAUACCAAGUUUAGAUACAACUCAGCGUUGCAUGGAUACUUGUGAUAUGGACAGUAAAUGUAUGGGAUGGACAUACGAUCCGGAUACCAAAUGGUGCAUGGGUUAUAAUUCAAUAACUGGUUUAUACAGUGCACCUGGAAUGAAAUCUGGUUCAUGUAUUGGAACAAGUAUAAAAUCGAAAUGCAGUGAAAAACGAGUCGACGGUCAAUAUUCAGGCACCAAUUUAAAAAAACUCGAAACAGUCAGUUCACCAGAAGAUUGUAUGACUGCUUGCGAUAACUUGAACACAUGCUACAGUUGGUUAUAUACACCACAAUUACAAACUUGUGACCUUUUUGAUAAUAUGGGCACCUUUUAUCCAGGUGAAGGUUUCAUCACUGGAUCUUGCAUUGCACCACAAAAAAGAGUUCGUUUGGCUGAACCUCUAAAAGUAUUCAGAAAAGAAGCAUUGGAACGUCAUAAUGAUGUGAGAAAAAAACAUUGUGUACCAGAUUUAACAUUAGAUUCAGAUCUUAAUAAAUUAUCUCAAGAUCUUGCAACUAAACUAGCUGCUGAAGAUAAUAUGCCACCUAUUUAUCAAGAAACUGGUUUACAAACUGUCUAUUAUGAUAUAGCAGAUGCUGCUCGCCACUGUACAAGUAUAGUUGAUUGUUUUUAUGAUGAACGUAAUUAUUAUGAUUGGAACAGUCCAGAUUUUUCAGCGACAAAUCGUUUUCCAAAAGUUAUUUGGAAAGGUUCACAAAAAUUAGGUGUUGGACGAGCAUUUUCAACUGAUACUAACACAAUGUAUAUUGUCAUAAGUUAUGAUUGGCAAGGUGAUUGGACACAAUCGUAUAAAGAAAAUGUUUUACCUGUAUGUACAUAA